CUACACAUUUCCAGUACCUGAAACUUACCGGCUAGAUUGUCAACAAAAUCCACGUUUGAUUCAGGUAACGGAGGGGAUAUCGUGUGGUCCGCUAUUGGUCAGUGAAAGUACAAGAAAUAUAUAUUAAACAAUAUUUUACUGAAAAUUUUAUUAGAUUUACAUGAAUGUGUUGACGAUUUUAUGAAAAUUGGGCGUAGCGCGUUUUCUAGUCCCAUCGCGUAUUUUAGUGAAUGAUUUUUGUGUUGUUCUUAGUGUAUAUUUGGUUCAAGUUCAAGUCCAGUGCAACUUUCUUAAAAACGAAAAAAAAAAUCGAACUUGACCAUUGAACUUGAAAAUAUUUAUAGCAAUUACAAUGAAGGACUUUUUUACAAUUUGGAAUAGUAUACUAGGAACUACGUACGAUGCAGUUAGCACUAACCAAACUAAAAAAGCAGAAAUAUACGGGGAGACACAAAAAAUACACAAACCUCCCGGGUACAAAUCCGCAAUUAUAAUAGCUGUUGUUGGGUUAAUAGCUGUGUUGUCAGGAACAUUCAUUCAUGUGGUUAAUCCAUACGAUCUAAUAUUCAAAUGGAAAUUAAUCUUUGAAAAGGGCGGAGAGAUUUACGAGCUCUGGAGGGCGCCACCAGUAGAACUAUACCUCAAAGUGUAUCUGUGGAAUAUAACAAAUAAAGAGGAAUAUAUGAGUGGCUUAGAAAAUCAACUGCGCAUGGAAGAAGUUGGUCCGUAUGUCUAUAGGGAACUAAUGAAACACGAAAACGUUACUUUCAACGAUAACGGCACGUUAACAGCAGUUCCAAAACAUCCUUUGGUAUGGGUACCUGAAUAUUCACAGGGAAAUUUAGAGGAAGAUUUGUUGGUAUUGCCCAACAUUGCCUUAUUGAGUAUAGCAGACGUGGUUUCUGAUAAAUCAUACUUCACUAGGAUAGGUCUGAAUUUACUCAUUAGACAGACAGAGAGUCAACCUUUAGUUACGAUGACAGCGAGAGAAUUCAUGUUUGGAUAUUACAGCAGUAUUUUAACGUUAGGAAAUAAUUUCAUGCCUACUUGGAUCACUUUCGAUAAACUCGGUCUGAUCGAUAGGAUGUACGACUUCGAUGGAGAUUAUGAAACUGUUUACGACGGUCAAAAAUUCGGUCUCAAUAAUAUUGGUUUAAUAGAAAAAUACCGAGGAGACACUAAAAUUCCCCAGUGGGAUAGUCCAUGUGGCGAUAUAUCAGGAGCUUCGGAUGGUACAAAGUUCCAAGGGUACAUAGAACCCAACGAUACCCUAUUGUUUUUCAGAAAAAGUAUGUGCAGAGCUAAAAAACUGAUAAAAGUGAAUGAAACCAUCACCAGUGGCCUUAAAGCUUAUAUUUAUAAUUUCGAUCCUGAAGCCGAUGACAACGGUUGGGAUCGUGAAAAUAACAAAUGUUUUUGCAAAGACCCCACCAAUUGUAAGCCCAGAGGUCUUUUAGACGUACGAGGGUGCUACUACGGGUUCCCAAUCGCCCUUAGCAAUCCUCAUUUCCUCGAUGGAGACAAAAUCCUUUCUGCUAACGUCAUCGGAAUGAAUCCAGACCCCAAGAAACACAGGACUUUCUUCGUUAUACAACCUGAUUCAGGUCUCCCUCUCCAAUUAGCUGUUAGGUUUCAAAUUAACAUGCAUCUAAGAAAUAUAAAAACCAUUGCGAACUGUGAGAGAUUCGAUAACAUAGUACUACCUUUACUUUGGGCUGAAAUAUCCAUGAAUAAACUGCCAGAUUUUUUGGAGACCCGUUUCAGGAUGUACCUAAACGUGUUGCCUCUAGUAGAAAAAUGUUUCAUGAUAAUAUUCCUGGCGGGUGGUGUGCUUUUCUUCUUGGUAUCGUUGUAUAAAUUCGUCAGGGUAUCGAGGAGCCGAUCUAGACACCAAGAACCUUGGAUAGAAGACGAAUUGGUCUACAACAUCGAUAGGAAACUGAGCAGCUACAUUCCUGCUAGAUCAUCUAGUUUAACGGCGAAGGAACUGGAGGUUUAUAUCGAUAGUAUGGUGCCUCUUACGGACAGUGAACAAAGCGUAGAUGAUAAUGAACAAGAACUUGAUACGAGUCACGAACAAAGUGCUUUGGUCGGUUAAUGGCAAGAUGACAGUGAAGGAAUUGGCGUUCUAAUGUGUUUAAAAGACAUUAUCAAGUCUGUUCCUUUUUUUAUAGGAAAGAAAAACGAUAUUGUGAUACAAUUAGAGUUAAUUUUCAUAUGCCAUAUUAGUCAAUAUUUCACAUCAACCACUUUUGAUCAUUUUUUUUUUUUCAAAUAUUUUGUUGGUUUCUAUAAUAAAUGGACAAUUGGUAUUAGAACGACGAUUUUUGCAAUUAACAUUAUAAACUUGAGAAAUUUAAGAAGUUUGGCAACACCACAACUAAUUUAAUUAGAAGUUGUACAACUAUCGAUACUCAAUGUUGCCAGAUUGAAGUCUACUAAGGAGUUGAUCCGAAAUUAAAAGUUGUUUUCUUUAUUUUUUUUUUAAUUUUUAAUUUAAUUUAGUUUUUAAUUUAAUGUUUUUACCACAUCCUGUAUAUUGAGAGCAGUUAUCUUAAUUAAAUUCAUGUUUCAACUAUGAUAUAAUUUGAAUGAACAUUGGCAACGUUGUAAAUUAACAUUCGGAAAAUAAAUUUACUGAAAAUGCAAAUCGGUUAAUGGGGCGGGGCAUUUUAAAACUUGUCUACUCCCACUACAACAUUUUUUAAAUAAAUUUCGAAUUGUUUUCGUGAAAGUAUUUGGCAACGCUGCAACCGAUUUAAAUGAAAUACAAUCGAUUAUGCCAACUGUUGAUUACUAAUUAAUUUAUCCAUAAUCGAUGUUGUCAAGCUUGAAAAUUUACUUUGGAGAUUAUUGGAAAUUGAAAUUUGAUAGCUGAUACCAGCUGAAGAAUUUUAAAACAAUUACCACAUCCUGUAUAUUGAUAAACGGUUAUCUUUAUGGUUAAUUAAAUUCAUGAUUAAUUAUUUCAUAUUUAAUAUUCGGACUGGAUAAUUCAAAUAAAUAUUGGCAACGUUGUAAAUUAUUCUACCAAUAACGAACAGGACAGCUUCUUAUAGGUUAACAGAGUGAAGCGGAAAUUACGAAAACAUAAUAUUGAUAUGAUACCAACAUUCGAAAAAUUUAUUGAUAUUGUCAACUUAAAAUUUAGAAAUUAUGAUUAAAUUAAUGAAAAACGGUUAAUGAGGUAAUCUUUAUACUUUUCUACCGCUACUUUCUUAUUUUGUAAACAUAGUUUAUUUGAAAUCUUGAAAUUUUAAGUUUCGUCAAAGUAUUUGGCAACGCUGCAACCGAUUUAAAUGAAAUUAAUACAAUCGAUUAUGCCAACUGUUGAUUACUAAUUAAUUUAUCCAUAAUCGAUGUUGCCAAGAUUAAUUCUACUUCGGUGAAGAUUGGAAAAUAAUCAUAUUAAUGAUCAUAAGAUAUGAUAAGUUGUUUUUUUAUAAUAUAUUCCUAAAAAUUCCAUUUCAUCAUUUAAUGAGUUGAUUAAUUAUAAAUCAAUCCUAUUGAAUUUUUGACUAUUUACAAAAAUUCAAUUAACUUGAAUUCGCGAGAGCUUGGCAACGUUGCAAAUAAUUGAAAUGAAAUAUAUUGAUGUACCAACUAUCAUUUAACCCCGAAAUAUCUAUGUUGCCAAGCUUAACUUAACUUUUGAUAUGACUGGAAAUGAAAAUUUAUUAAUUUGUUCAAAACAAUUAUAAUAAUAAUAAAUAAGAUAUGGGGAUUUAGUAAUAUUCACAGUAUUAAUAAUAUGAAGCCGCCUAAACCUACCAACAACUCCAUUUAUGAUUCAUCCACAUAAACAAAUUGAAGAUGCGUUGCAGUAGGCUCGUCAGGAAAUAUAGGAUAAAUGAUGAAGUAGUGGCAACCCUGUUGAAUUGAAAUACCACGUGCAAGAGCAAUCCCAUGAUGACUAAAUCCAAUUAACACUUAUUAACAAUUAUUUUUGAUUAACACCUAUAUAAUAAGGAACCGAGCAUUACCAGAAGAUAUUAUUAGAGCAGUUUUGUGUCUCUUUACGUGCACACUACUAUAUAUUUGAAUAAAUGUUUAAUUCAUAUGUCUAAAUGAUUCUAAUAUGGUAUAUAAGUUUGAAAAAACUACUUUUUAAUAUGAUAGCAAGGGUCUAGUACUUUAUCUAAAUGUUAUAUAGGGUGAAUUUAGUUUUAAUCAGUAAUCAAGGAUCUGACAUCAAUGUAAAUACUUUUUUAUUUUAUGUAGUUAUAAUCUGUUUGUUAAAAAAAGUUACUUGUUUAAAUGGUUUUUAAUAUGUUCUUAAUACUAGGGCUUAUAAUAGUGAAGGAAAAUUAAAAUCUGCAAGCCUAAAAUACAAAGUUAUAAACCAUAAGACUUGUAUACUUAUAAAGUGAGUUAAAAAAACUGAAUCAAUAAUUACUUUAAUACUAGAAAGAAAUGAUAUAAUAUGAAAUAUUUCAAGGAUAAACUAAUGUUAAUGAACCGGGACACAACAAGAAGAAACGAAUAAAGAAUAUUGUUGUAAGAAUAAUUAGUGGAAUAUUACAAUACAAAUUUGUAAAUAUUAGCUUUAAGUUUUUAAUAAAUAUUUAUUUUAAAAAUAA